CAUCCCCCAUUCCCGGUGCCCACCGCCUCCCCCCAACCCUCCCCGCCGCGCUCGCCGGCCGGCCGUCGCCGAUGGACGCCGUCGCGUUCCCGCCGCCUCCGGCGCCGUUCUUCGACGACGACGACGACUUCGGCGACUUCGCCUUCGCCCCCGCCGUGCCGCCCCAGCCCGCGCCGCAGCCGGAUGACUUCGCGGCCUUCGACGACGACUGGGGCGACUUCGUGGCCGGCAGCCGCGGAUCCAACGCGGACGGCGGCCCCGCGAACGCCGCCGCUCCCCCGGCGGGGAAACCCUCCGCCGGCGUCUGGGAGAAGCCGCGCGGCCCGCUCCCGCUUUCCCUGUUUGGGGCGGACGAGAAGGAGGGGGAGGAGGAGGAGGAGGGAGGGCCGGUCGGACCGCCGCCCGCGGCCACGGUGCACCAGCGGGCCCCGUCGUUGGAAUCCAGAGGGUCGAUGACCCCGGCGGAUCUGAAGGACCUCAUCGCCGGCCUCUACGGAUCUCAGCCCCCGCCCGUCCCCGACGCGCCAGAGUCGGGUGCGCCGGAGGUGGCGGAGGAUGACGAUGGGUUCGGAGACGACGGCUGGGAAUUCAAGGCCGCGCCCUCCUCGGAUGCCGGCCAGGAUGGUGGAGGCGGACGAGCGCACGGGGAUGGAGUUGAGGAUAUACCAAAACCAUUGGGCACCAACCAGGAAGAAUGGUCACUAUUUACUAGUGUUGAUAAUAAACUGAACAAUGUUCAGACUACAGAUCAUAUUAGAAAUCCUGAGUCCACAGGAGAAAGUGUGAAGACCUUCAGUUAUUCUCUAGAUAAUACUUCAUCCAUACUCAACUUAUACAAAGAAAGCAACCUGGUUGAUGCUGUUCAUGUUCCUCAAAGUUUUUCGGAAGGUGGUCUGAGUUCUUCUGAUGUGUUCUCUAGCAAUGAAAUGAACUCUUCGUCUGGAACAGAUGAAGACCAUUCCAUUAAAUCAGCAAGUGAUAGCAUUUUGAUUGACUUCUACAAUAAGCUGAGAGAAGAGUCGUUGGCAAUGAUGUUCCAAUAUAUCAAAGAUACUAAGGAGGCCCAGAAGAGUUCUACGCAUUCUGAUGGAAACAACAAAGUGACAGCAAUCGAAAGGGAGAUUCAGGAAAUUUUGGAGAAACUACAAGAUUCUUCAGUUGCAGAAGGCUCUCGUAUAGAGGAACAACCUUCGUGCGAUGCGUAUGUUUCUGAAUUGCUUAGCAAUACCAAAGAGGAAAAUAUGAAGGAUUUUGAGCAACACUAUCAUUUGGGAGCAAAAAUAGCAGCGGCACAGCAAGACAUGAGUCUGGCAGUUGAACUUUACCAGCACAGUGUGUCAACCCUACAUAUCUUGGAACUAGCAUCCAAGGAGGAGCGAUGUGAUUAUGUCAGUGCAUGGUACAAUAUGUUUUUGUCCUGUGCUCAGGAAUUGCAGCACGGUGCAGUCCUUUGGCAAGAAUCUUGUCGUGCAGAAGUCAGCGACCUAUUAAUUUCUGAAGGUGCUUAUUACUUUGUUGCUCUUGGGGAGAUCUACAGAGUUGCACAGAUUUUACAUUUGUCCUUGCAGUAUUUCAAGCCUUGGGUUCUUGCAGAUCUCAGAAUGUUGAGUAAGAUGUUGGCUUGUUGGGACAGCUGCACUAAUGCAUGGACUAGUGGGUUAGAAACAGCUCUUAAAAUAGUUCUUGACAGCAAUCACUUGAAUGCAUCUGUUGUUAAAGCUCUUCUGGAGUCCAUCAUAACUAUUCAAGAACUCAAGGUUGAGAAUAUUCAAAGUUUUGUUCCCAACGAAUUGGCAUGUCGACUAACAUUGCUGCCAACUGAUCUUGUACCAGGAGAGAAAGCGACCGUGUGGAAUGGUAAUCACUAUUUUGUUAAAGUUGCAAAUUUGUGGGCAAAUCGGGUAUCUUCCGAGCCUCCUCGGUUUGCACUCGCUCAUUCUCCCCAAUGAACAUACAAGCAGCAGCUACCCACCUUGUUGAGUAACCUGGCAACGAACUUGGGAUGUUUUAGAGGACCAGAACUUUUUACUCAAUCUGGUGGAAACAUCAGAAGAAGCUUUCUCCACCCAAAUUUAUUCGUCAGGCACAAUGAUAUAGAGCAAACCAUCCUGUGCGACACGACUGCUGUGUCUGGAAGGUCAAUCAACGGAGACUACUUCCAGUACCAGUCAGACCAUUCAUUUGUACAAGUAGUAUUUCUUUUCACCAUUCUUUCCGUGGAGCUGGGUAAUGGCAAGUAAAGUAAAGCCAAAAGGGUAUUUUUUUUCUACAAGUCAACAUGUAAAUCAUUGUAUUUAAGCUGAAGUGCACUACGGGAUCGAAGUGCACAGGCAGCGUAAUCUGCUGUGAUUGUACAAACUUGUGGAUUGGGAACUUCAAAAGUAUAAAAUGAGGGGAAGUUAUAUUAAUCUGUUCGAA